CACCAUAUAUUAUCUCACAAAAAUAAAAAAGAAACAUAUCACCAUAUAUAUAGUCAUUAAAUCAUGUCAUCUACUAUAGGCGCGCACACACAUUUAUAUAACAUUCCAAUUAAAGCAAAUCAACCUUCUGGAGAGAGCUUCGUUUUCUUUUCUUUUCAUUUUAUUUUAAUUUCCACAAUUUCAAGAUCCAAAAUUUCCACAAACCCCAAAUCCCCAAAUCCACCAUCUCUUCAAACCCUCCGCCAUGGACCGCCACCGCGAUCCGCCGCCCCCGCCGCCCAACCUCCGCCACACCACCACCGCCCAAAUCCUCCGGCACACGACAUCAUUGUUCUAUUCCCAUCUCCUGACCUUCGUCUUCCUCUCGUCUCUCCUCCUCACCUUCCGCUCCAAUGUCCAGAGCGCCUCCUAUUACCUCUCCUCCCUCAUCGACAGCGACCCCUCAUUGAAAUCCCUCCUCUCCCGCCUCGAUUUCUCCGCCUCCUCUCAUUUCCACCAGCGCCACCUCCACCGCCACCCCCCCUUCCGCCGCCGCCGCCGCGCCUUCCUCCACCUCUCCCGCGUUGGAACCCUCGACGACGACUUUUUCUCCGGCGAUUCCGAUUUCGAUCGCUCCUUGUUCCAUCCUUCCUCCAGAAAGCACGUCGCCAAUUCCACCUUGGUCAUUCUCUCCGAUUUCAAUCCGGAUUACGGAUUCUCAGAUUCGGUCAUGGAUAACGGAAUUUCUUUCCCCAAAAUGGUUAAACCCGGCGUAGUCAGUUUCAAGCCUGAAUUUAGGAAGAAUGUCACUCUAUUGGAGGAAGAGGAUACCAAAUUUGUCGAGAGCAGGGUGGAUGAUAGUAAGGCGGUAUUGGAUUUGGAUUUCUUGAUCAAGGGUUUCGAAUUGGGGAAUCGCGAUGUAUCAUCGCUCUUCUUCUUAGCUGGUGUUCUAUCCGCCGCCUACGCUUAUGUUGUGCUGGCUUUCAUUGUUACAUACACUUGGGCGAACGGGAUCAUCUUCCUCAAAGUGGUGGAUCAUUUGGUGGGGAAACAGAGAUCCUUCUUUCGCACAGUUUGGGACGGAUCGAACAUCGGAUUGAAGCGGCUUUCAGGGUUUGUGCUGAUGAAAUGGGCUGUAAGGGAUGCUCUAGCACAGCUAAUGGGGAUAUUCUUCUUUGGGGAGAUUGAGGAUCAGUAUGUGUUCUUCAAGGUAUUCUUGAGGAUGAAGUUCAUGCCGUUUGCCAAUGUUGCACCGUGGGUGAUUGGGCACGAGUGGGAGAGCGCAGGGUUCAUGGUGGUUUGGUUCUUGAGCGACUUGGUGCUUGGCUUGUUGUUUGCUGUGGGUUCUUGGGUAGCCAUUGUCGACUCCAGGAGGGGUGGGAGGGAGAUUGUGAGAGAAGGGUGCCACAUGCUGGUUGCUUUGUUUUACCCUGCAUUUGAGAUGAGGUGGUUAGAAGUUAUUGUUUGUGGAUCAGUUGGGAAGUGGGCGUUGAGGCGGGUAUUUGGGGAUUUCGUUGUACUGGUUUUCCAGUCUUCGAUGGAGGUUUAUUUCAUGGUGGCGUGGUUGGUGUUCUACCUUGCAGCAAGGCACAAGGAUGACACUUCACUUGGGAGGACGUUUGGGCAGCGAGAAUUGGAAGGUUUUCUUGAGGUUGCUACGUGAUUGAUACUGAUCAGUUGUUGAUAAUUUGGUAGAAAAAUCUGUGUGUCUCGUACCAAAAACUAGUUGUAACUUGCUCAGUUGCGAUGCUGAAAUAGAGGUAAAAUCUUUGGUGCUUUUGUUGUUGAAUUUGCAACAAAAAAAAAUUGAAUGAGCACUGCCAUUGUUUUGGUGAUUAUUAUGCUUUGUAUGUACGAUGAUGAGGUCAUAUGUUGUAAAUCUUCUCCACAUAAAUUCCAUGAUGUAUAUACACCUUUGCAGCCUCUGCUUUGUUUCUUA